CGCAUCACUACACGAAAUAGUGAAUGAAUGAAAUUGUCUCCCUCUGAGGAGAUCGUCAAGCGUGGCUAAUCAAGGUACCAAAAGGUGAGGUUUCUCGGCUUUAAUUCCCUGUUUAACACGUUAUAAACCGCCAAAUACGACCAAGAAAAUGAGUAGCUCGGAGGAGGUAUCAUGGAUUUCAUGGUUCUGCGGGCUGCGGGGGAACGAAUUCUUUUGCGAGGUGGACGAGGAUUAUAUUAAUGAUAAAUUUAAUCUGACUGGGCUGAACGAGCAAGUGCCGCACUACAGACAAGCCCUGGAUAUGAUCUUGGACCUUGAGCCUGAUGACGACUUGGAUGAUAAUCCCAACCAGUCUGACCUCGUGGAGCAGGCUUCUGAGAUACUGUAUGGACUGAUACACGCCCGCUACAUAUUGACCAACAGAGGUAUUGGUCAGAUGUUAGAAAAAUUCCAAGCCGGGGACUUCGGACACUGUCCCAGAGUUUACUGUGAGACUCACCCUAUGCUGCCGCUUGGUCUGUCCGACGUGCCCGGCGAGGCGAUGGUGAAGGUGUACUGCCCGAAGUGCAUGGACGUGUACACGCCGAAGUCGUCGCGCCACCACCACACCGACGGCGCCUACUUCGGCACCGGCUUCCCGCACAUGGUGUUCAUGGUGCACCCCGAGUACCGGCCCAAGCGGGCCACCGUGCAGUUCGUGCCGAGACUAUACGGCUUCAAAAUCCACCCGCUCGCCUACCAGAUCCAGCAGCAAGCGGCGGCCAACUUCAAAGCGCCGCUGCGGUGCCUCUCCUACAACAACGCAGAUUCGAAGAUUCCAAAAUGAUUGUAACGAGAUGAAGCGGAUACCUACUCCCGACGCUGACCCACAAUCACUGCACUGUACUACAUAUUUUCCUAUUUACAACAGCGUUCAGUUAAAACGUU